AUGAAUGAUAAUUAGGGAUAAAAUAAUGGUACUGAAAAUGAUAACUGGAAUAAUUAUGAUUCUAAGAAUAAAAAGUAAGAUGCUUGGGAUAAUUUAAAUGAUGAUCCUUGGUAAACCAAAAAUGAUGAAUAGGAUAAAAGUGAUGAUGCAUGGGGUACAGCUAAGGCUGAGGAUCCUUGGGGAGAUAUUUCUAAUACAAUAGCAUAGGUUGGCUCUAAAAGAUAAAGAGAACAAAGUCCCUAAAAUAAUGAAAACUAGUGGUGA